GUGAAUAUAAUAGCUGGCUUUGAGGCCUUGGGUGUGUAUUUACUGCUCAUUCUAAUUUAGUUGUACAUACAUACUAUCCCUAAAUAGUAUUAACUUGUAUGUACCAUCACCAUGCUCAUUUUUCGCGGUAUCCCUUUGACAGGUUUGCUUAGUGUGUUGUGCGCUAUAGUCUCUGGUGUACCGUGGUCGCCCAUAUCGUACCCCAACCCAGUCGUAGAAGCUAAGGCAUGCCAUCGAAUGCACACUCAGGGCACUUCUUAUGUGUGUGACCCCGACGAUAUCCUCUCUGUAGAAGCCGCAGAUAAAAUAGAAGCUAUAUUCAACGCCAUAGUGAAGGACACGACAUCGCCGUGUCAGCUACCGAAAAAGGAGGGUGGUUACCAGGUCGCCUUAGCGUUAAUGAACUCGUUUGAAACGGAUGCGACAGUUCCUAUGGAAACCAAUGCGGGACGCAUGGCAAGAGGAUUACAUGAUAAGUGGGGUGUGGGACACCACAACUGUCACGACGGUGUGCUGGUGAUGGUUUCGGUAUCACAGAGACAGGUGUAUAUAUCUACGGGCGAGGCAGCAGGCGCUAUUCUCUCAUCUGACAGAAUAAGCUGGGUCACCGAGCGUAUGAAGGGUCAUAUGCGCGCGCACGAGUAUGAUGAGGCAUUGAUCCGUGUGGCCUCGGAUAUAUACCAUAUCCUUACUAAUGAUGAUAUCAUACAUGGUGCGUAUGAUUCGUUAGUAACACAUCUGUUGUACUUAUUUUUUGUGGGUUUUUUCUUGAAGAUCGUACACUCUAUUUACAUGAAGAGACGCGGAACCGCUAGAUUUGCCGAAUGCAAAGCAAAACUGAUCAAGAUCGACAGACUCAAGCAGAAGGCCAGUCAAAAGGGAUCAACUGACGGUAUCACUACACCAAGUAUAUGCCCCAUCUGCUUAGAAGAUUUGAAUAGUUCACAAGAUGACAGUACCGACGAGGCAGAGGAUAUAUCAAAGAAUAACGUAAGCAGCGAUGGAAGUGAUAGAAGUGAUAGCGUGCGGUUGCUGAGCCGAAACAACGGGGCAGCACAUAGUAAGCAGCACAGUGGCGAUUUUAAAGGAAGUGGUCGACCCUCUGCAGCACUACCCAACUGUAACCACGAGUUCUGUGUGGACUGUAUUGAGCGGUGGCUGCAGGAGCAGAGCUCGCAGGGUAAGGAAAUGACCUGUCCACUGUGCCGAUCAAGCAUAGACCACGACAACAGAAGCGGUAGUAGCGCAGCUGCUACAAACAACUAUAAUCAUAGCAAUAACAAUUAUGAAACGUAUACACGCACGGACUACGCUGGAACAUACGUACCUGACGAGGGUACUACUGGAUCGUCCGGGGCGCGUGUGGCGCUUGCUAGCAUGUCUUUAAUGUUCAUGCUGGGUAGUCUGCAGAGUCAGUAUCCCGAGUUUGUGGACGAUGAAAUGCGUAGUGAGUGGGAGAGAGAACCUCUCUCGCACAGAAGUUACCACGAUCGGUUAGAGGCGAGAAACCCAGCCCGUGCACAGGAUGCGGUGCGCACGGACUUUGGGUCGGCUAGUGGUAGUGUGCACACGUCGUUCGGUGGCGGUAGUUCUAGUGGCGGUGGCGGUAACAGCUGGUAGGUUGUACUGAUAGAUAUUAAUGGGACACUUUGUUUACUGUAGUAGUAGCACGCGAAAGCGAGCUCAUGAAUAGGAUGAGGUACACACGCACUUUGUGUCGGCUAGUGAUAGUGUGUACGCGGCCUAGGAUGACGGCGGCGGUAGCGGUAACAGUUGGUAGAUGGUUGUACUGACGGUGCUAUGCGUAGUCAAUGGCAAAUUUUAAUGGCAGCUGUAGUGCCAUCCCAUGAACGGCUUACACGUGUGAUGUGCGCAAACUUUCAGUCGACCCGCGAUGAAGUGCACACGUCCUCCGGUGGCGGUAGAUUUAAUAGGGGUGACGAUAAGUAGCUGGUAGGUUCGACCAUUGACAUAAAAGACAACACCCCGUGAUUGUUUUAUGAUCAUAGCUGUUAUUUGCUGGUAGGUAGUGUAAUGUCACCGACGGUACUAUACACAAGGUACUAUACGUACUGGCGGAGGCGGCUGGGUUUUGCAAUCGCGGUCAUGGUCAUGCUUACAUAGUAGUCCUUGACUGACCUGACUGGUGCAGGAUAUAUGCGUUGUUGAGUAGUUCUAAUGCCUCUGGCAACUUCGACUGGGUUGAAGCGACUUUUAUUGGGUGUACUGACAAGUGCUAUGUAGCCCGUAGUGUUACUGGCGGUGGUAUAUAGCAGCAUACGCCACAGCAUCCUACUUUUGUAUACCCUGAUUCCAACAAGAGGGGAUGUUAUCAAUAGUGGGUAGUUCUACUGGCGGUGGCGAUCUUGUAUGGUUACUGGGUAGGACUGGUAGCCGGAUUACGUCUUGGGGAACGGGGUGCGCGCAGACCUUAUCCCAACCACGAGUGAUGCACGCACAUCUAUUACCGCCGGUAGGUCUAGUGACGGUGGCGGAAACAUGUGCCAAGACCCAGUGCCUGUAGCAGUAGAAUAGCCCCUUUUCGACGAUCACUUCGCAUCUGAAGCCUGGCAUUCAGGCGUUGAAUCUCCCAACUAUUAGAGCGUAAGUAUGUGAUCACUAAAAUUAGGAGCCGAUGUAGUACCGACAGUUGGGGUAAGGGUAAGUAGUGUACUAUAGCAAGGCGAAUUGAUUAUAGGGCUGAUUUACACGUAUUAAGACAGUGAUGAUAUGGCUGUAAAUUCAUGGUUGACUGGGGUGCCAAAAUGGGCAACUCUGCCAUCUUGUUCAUAAUAAAAUCACAGACCUGGCUUAUGGCUGCAGGAUAUUCCAAAAAAAAAUUGACCAACAGACCCGAAUCCAUUAAAUCCCAUUUAAGAGUGUUCACAAGGUUUGCGCAAACACGCGUGACGGUUGCUGCUUUGGCCUGUACGGAAGAUAACCCUAAACCCUAAAAUCUUCACACUUUUAGAACAACUUGAUACAACAAACGGAAGUCAGACUAGUGGCUCCACGGAAGA